AGCAGUAAAACAAUUCCAUUUCGAUUAUCGUUAUUAUAACAAUUAACUCUUUUUAGUAGAAGGAAACAUGUCUGUCUAACCUAAAGCCAUAAAUGCCCCUAGUGACCUCCUGUAAACCUUGUUGACCUCUCUGAACAGGAAACAGAUGAAGGCAAUUAUCAACUCUAUUGCGAACCAAAAGGAAAUACCAACCAAACUGUUUGCUGAAGGUUUUAUUUUAUUAUUAUUUUUGGACGUAAAAGGUUUAACUUUAAUCUAGAGUAGACCAAGAUAAGAUAUUGCCUUUGUUAAGGUGCUAUAGUUCUGCAACAAACAUUUAUUAUUUCCUUUAAGCGUAACCUUAUUUUUGAGAGAAUAGACAUGAGACACCCGUGUUCUGUAGUGAUUUGGAGGACUGCACCGAUCCAUAACAAAGAGUCACGAGGUUUCGGACGUCCUGUUUCCCGUGCCCAGAAUUCAGCAAGGCUCACGGGGGUCACCAGGGAGUUUUUAUAUCUCUGAUCUGAGGCGAUAUGUUCCCACUAUUUAUUGACGGGUAUUUACAAAUUGUGCCAACUGUGAUCAACUGACUAGCUCUUAGCAUUACACUUACCCAUGCGCAGUUUUAUUCCAUAGAGCGUGCGAUGAACUACGGUGAAUAAAACCUAAACCUGAAUAAAUACCCAUCAAGAGCCAAGUCCAAGUUCAAGUCACCUCUAACAUGGCUCAGGUUCAGCAGAUUGCAUUUCUGGUAUAUCUUGUGUUGGGGCUUUGCACCUGCACCACGGUGAUCAACUAUACUAUCCCAGGGAAUGGAGCUCAACCUGUGUGUGAGCAGCAUAUCAUUAUCAACCCGCUGGAUGGUCCUUCGUGCUCCGGGACUGCUUGUAACUACUCCACAAUCCAAGAAAUUGUCUCCGGUGAAUUAGAGAAUACGACUCAUCGACUGGCUCAGCUGGAAACACACAUUGCUAGCAAAGCCGAUGUCAUGACACUAUCUACAGAGUUGACUGACGUCAAACUACAGCUAGAAAAGAUAAAGGAAUCCGUCAGUGAGCUUGCUGAACUCCUGAAAAACGCAACAGUUUCCACGCCUACGCCUCCCAAGUACUGUUCCGAAGCGUUUGCAAGUGGUGUGUACACGGUUCAACCUGCGGAUGAUGGAGCUCCAGUCAGUGUGUACUGUGAUAUGGAGACAGACGGUGGAGAAUGGACGGUGUUCCAGCGGCGUCAAGACGGCUCAGUUGACUUCUACCGUGACUGGGAGAGCUACCGCCAGGGGUUCGGUGAUCUGAACGGCGAGUUUUGGCUCGGCAAUGACAACCUGCACCGACUCACCGCUCAGGGCGUGUACCGACUGCGCAUCGAUUUCGAGGACUUCGAAGGCAACAUUGCUUAUGCUGAGUACAACAGGUUUCGUGUUGCUGAUGCGAGUGACAACUACCGGUUGAUGGUGGUGGGGUAUUCGGGAACAGCUGGUGAUUCACUGUCCCGGCACAGUAACCUUCCUUUCACCACCAGAGACAGCGACAAUGACUCGAUCGAUUCUAACUGUGCUAUAGCUUACUCUGGUGCUUGGUGGUACGCAGACUGUCACUCCUCCAAUCUGAACGGCCAGUAUCUCGGUGGACAGACGGAUGUCUACGCCAAGGGCGUAAUUUGGAGAGACUGGAGAGGGUAUUACUACUCACUGAAACGUACUGAGAUGAAAAUGAAGGUCACGGGUAAUUAGGUUUCAGCAAUUAGUUGUUUGCCGCCUAUAGCUUUUGUCAAAACACCAGUAAUUUUGCGGAAUUUUCAUUUAUGAUUGAAAUGUUAAUGAUAAGAAUAAGUAGUAGAUGUCUUCUUUCAACUCACGCAAUUUAUUUUUAAAAUCGUAAAAGCGGGUGAUGCCAUCUCCGCAUCUUUCGAUAUUUUUCGGGAUCUUUUAAAAUCAUUUUUGAUUGUGUCUUAACGCAUUUUCAGGCAUAAAUGGUCACAGGAAAUGAUUGUUUCAUGCAAAAGGGGCUCCUUUUCUACCGGGUCCCCAUGCCUUUUGGCAAGCAUUAUUUUUUUUUUCAUUAUUUCCAUCGUUCUCUCUCAACCGUGUAAGAAAGGAGAGUGAAGUGAUGGUAAGGAAAUUUGUUUGUUCUCUUUUGGGCUUAUACUAAUGGACUAUCACAUACUCUUCUUUACAAACUUUCGUCCGCAGUUUAACGCAUAGGCCUAUUAGUAGUUGAGGGGGACUUUUGGAACACUUGGACCUUUUCUAAAGAAAUAUGAAAAGGUCAGAUAUACCAUAUGAAUAUGAACGGCUACAUGACCUUCUCUUUUUCUAGAUUCAAGGUCAAACUGAACUAGACUUUUUACCCUAUCCUAAUUCGUAUUUAUUUCUAACCAUACAAAAGGUCAAAGUGUUCCAGAUUUUAUACCCUACCCUCAUUUGUAUAAGUUACAUGUGAUCUUUUCAUAUUUCUUUCUUUAGAAAUAGUCAAAGUGUUCCAGAAGGUCUCCGUCAACUACUCAUUUACUUCAUUUUAAUAAACACACAAAAAACUAAACAUUAUGUACCCGAUUCCUAAACGUCAAAGUUCAGUUCAUUCACACUGUCCCUCGAUAUUUGAAAC